CCUUCUAAAACCAAAUCCCCAUUUGCUUUUUUUCUUUCUCUUCUCUAUAUACACCCAUGUCAUCUCCAACUAUCUCAACCACCAAUUUCUAGCUCCCUACACACAACCAAGGCAAAACCAUGGCGGUUCGCGCCAUGAACAGCUGCGUAAUUUUCCGUUCCGCCGCAACGCCGCCGCUCGCCGUAUCCCGCCGAUGCUGCUGUCUCCGUCUAUUAACAACCUCUUCUCGACAUAGAAACCGUUCGAAUUCACAUUCAUUUCUCCGUUGUGCGCCUUAUCCUCUCAGCCAUGUCACCGUUCGUAGCUAUUCAGUUCAAAACCUCGUCGAAAUGGUUAUGGAAGAGCUUGCUUCUAUACACAAACGUGGCAGAGUUCGUGCUACUAGCAAGCUGGAAUUAGCAAGCACAGGAGAGCUGCUUGAGGACAAGUUGAAGAAAGGGACACUACAAAAAGGAUUAUUGCUGGAGUUCAAGAAGGAUUCUGAAAGGUUGUUGCUAGCAGUUGCUCUUAAACCUGACGGAAAAAAGAAUUGGAUGGUCUCUGAUCAGAAUGGGAUUACAACCUCCAUUAAGCCACAGCAAGUGACUUUUAUUGUUCCUGGUGCUGAAAAUUUUGAGCCCACAGAAAUAUCAGAAUUUGUACAGAAAGCUCAUGAUAACUUGGAUCCAGCACUGCUUGAAUUUGCAUGGAAUGAGCUUCUUGAGAAAAAUAAAUCAGUAACAGUUCAAGAACUAGCUGAGAUGAUAUUUGGUAGUGCGGAGCCUCUUGAGACCUAUUGCGCCCACCUGCUGUUAUCAAGAGAUGAGGUGUACUUCGCAGUUCUGGAGUCAAAAGGUCUUUCUGUAUAUGGACCUCGGACUGCUAACCAGGUGGAUGAACUUUUGCGAAGGAAGCUUGCUAAAGAGGCCUCAGAGAAGGAGUUUGAGGAACUUAUACAGCUUCUGCGAUCUGCUAAACAAAUGCCUCCUCAAGACAAACCCCCAAGAUCUUCUUGGAAGGCUGAAGAGAAAACUUGGCACAAGAUAGAGUCUCUUGAAGCUUUUGCCAUUGAUUCUUGCAAAAACGACGAUCAAAAGAAAACAGCUGGGAUGAUUUUGAAGGCCAUGGGACAGGCAAAGACUUCAUCUGCAGCAGUGAAUCUCCUCAUAGAUAUUGGGUAUUUUCCUGUACAUGUAAAUCUCGAUUUGUUAAAGUUGAACCUCCCUACUGAUCAUCGGGAUGAGAUUCUGUCGGCCGCAGAGAGUCUUUUGUCUGCAUCGACUGACCUUGAUGAGGCUGAUAGAAUAGACCUGACUCCCUUGAAGGUUUACGCGAUUGAUGUUGAUGAGGCUGAUGAGCUUGAUGACGCAUUGAGUGCAACAAGGUUGCAGGACGGCCGGAUUAAAAUUUGGAUACAUAUUGCAGAUCCUACUAGUUUAGUUCAGCCAGGAAGCAUAAUAGACAAGGAUGCAAGAAGAAGAGGAACUUCAAUAUUCUUGCCUACUGCAACAUAUCCAAUGUUCCCUGAAAGGUUGGCCAUGGAAGGCAUGAGUCUGCAGCAAGGAAAGCUGUGUAAUGCUGUUUCUGUGUCUGUUGUGCUGCGUUCUGAUGGCAGCAUUGCAGAAUACUCAGUGGAAAACUCAAUUAUCAAACCGACAUAUAUGUUGACAUAUGAGAGUGCAACGGAGCUCCUUCAUUUGAAUCUUGAAGAAGAGAUUGAACUGAAAAUUCUUUCUGAAGCAGCUGCACUCCGGUUAAGAUGGCGUCGAGAACAGGGUGCUAUAGACACAGCCACCAUAGAAACCCGAAUUAAGGUGACUAAUCCAGAUCAUCCAGAGCCGUCAAUCAAGCUGUAUGUUGAAAACCAGGCUGAUGCAGCUAUGAGGCUUGUUUCUGAGAUGAUGAUACUCUGUGGGGAAGUUAUAGCCACUUUUGGUUCUCAUAACAACAUCCCUUUACCAUACCGAGGACAGCCUCAAUCUAAUAUCGACGCUUCUGCAUUUGCACACCUUCCAGAAGGACCCGUUAGGAGUGCUGCUAUUGUUCGAACUAUGCGUGCAGCUGAAAUGGAUUUCAGGAAUCCUAUACGCCAUGGGGUGUUGGGACUUCCAGGCUAUGUUCAGUUUACCUCCCCUAUUCGAAGAUAUAUGGAUCUCGCAGCCCAUUAUCAGGUAAAAGCCUUUCUUAGUGGUGAUCCUCUUCCUCUCUCAGCUGGGGAGCUAGAAGGCAUUGCGUCUUCAGUAAACAUGACAACCAGAGUUGUAAGGAGGCUCUCCAGCAGCAGUCUUCGUUAUUGGAUAUUGGAAUACUUGAGAAGGCAGCCGAAAGGGAAACGGUAUCAUGCCCUGGUCCUUAGAUUCAUCAAAGACCGAAUAGCCGCAAUACUGUUGACGGAGAUUGGAAUUCAAGCUUCUUCGUGGGUGUCUAUUGGCGUACAAAUUGGUGAUGAAGUAGACGUGCAAGUUGAAGAAGCUCAUCCACGUGAUGAUAUUCUCUCUCUUAAGGAGGUUGAGGCUGUAUAGGAUAUUUGUUCGUGGAGACCAGAAAGCUUAUGAUGGAAACAAGCGUUCCUAACAUUUUGUUGCAACACUUAACGGAAUAGUUCCUUGUGCAUGUGUUUAGAUGACUUUUCUCUAGUGAGGGACUCAAGAAGCUCCUAUAAUGAUUCUCACCUCAAUGACAAGUCGAUAGUUUAUAUACAUGUUGGAGAUACAACCACACAAAGGCAACGAUGUUUCUUGCUGUUGUCUUCAUUUGAGCUUUGAAGUUAUAUCUGGACAGUGGAAUGUGAGUAUCGUCCAUGUAUCUUUUGACGUUUGACUGAGCUGUACAGAUUUUGGUCAAUAUGUACAAGUUUUCAGUCCGUCUCUUUUCGUCUCACAUCAUCAAGAAGUUCAGUAAUGGUUGGGAUUUAUAGAGGAUAGGUUUCAAUUUAAUUUGGUUUCUGCCUAAGAGCGCAUAUGGAGAUUGAUUGAAUUCAAUGUAUCAGUUAGUUACUUUGAAUUGCCCUCAUGGAGCCAGAAAGUAUAAGAGGUAUUUCUCAUUCUUUGCAUUAUUCUUUCUCCGUUUUACUCAUUAAUGUUGGCUUUAAGAGUUGAUAUAAUGUUUCUUCUCAUCUACCGAAGCUUUGGUGACAGACUUAUAUGGUUUUUACGUUGGUGAAAGGUAGCAAGUACCUAGUGGAAUAGAAGAAGUGUAUACAAGUUUGGCCGGAACAUUACCAUUAUAAGAAAAACAGUACUCUCUUCAUUUCAAUUUGUUUGUAACUUAUGGAUAUAUAUUUAGAAUUAUGCUUCAACCUAAAUAAUAGAUGGAAA